ACUUUAGCAAUUCUAGACAUGGAGAGAUGUGUGAACGGUACACGCAAGAUCGGAGAUAUCUUGAGGAGUCGAUCCAUGGAUGAUUUUAAGUUCACCGAAUGGUUUGGGGGCAGAAAUUUCAGGCGUACCGUGAGCACCAUAUGGCAUUACCAUGGUGGGUGUGUUGUGGGGAGAGUGGUUGAUCAAAAUUAUCAUGUCACUGGAAUUAAUGCACUCAGAGUAGUCGACGGAUCAACAUUUACUAUAUCUCCGGGAACCAACCCUCAGGCAACUGUGAUGAUGCUUGGGAGGUACGUUGGCAUGAGAAUAACCAAAGAGAGCGAUUGAAAUGAUAACUUUUGAGAUGGAAGGCUUUAAGCCCGCCUGCUGCUGGUUUUCUAUUCAGAUACUU